AUGGCGUAUGGAUACAAACAGAAGAGAGUGAGUGGAAGGGUGUUGUUUUUGUCCAUCUGGGCGAUUAAGGGAUACCAGAUAAGAUUAGCCCAAAAACUGCUGGAGAGAGGUCUCUGCUAUAAUUACACGACCUUUCAUGCUGGUGAUUACGCACAUGAUGGUAUGAAGAUUACUCAGGAGCAGGAGAGAAUCAAUGAUUAG